AUGAUGACAUCAACUCACAAGAGGCCACGGGCGUGCUUGUCGGAUUCGAAUUCGACAGCUGCGGGAGGGCAGCUCAUUCAAUCCGUGGCCAAUGCUAGAACCAACAUGGCCAAACGAUUGAAGGAAUCCUGGUCCGCAACAGACAGGACCAACCCAGAUAUUGAACGAAACCUACAGGUAAUUCGUGCCAUGUUGGCACUCAACAGCGAAAUAUGGGAACGCUGCAAACUUCACAUGGAGCCAUUUACCAUUUCGGAGGAUUGGGCCACCUUUCAGCGACAACAGUUCAAGGUCAUCCGGGCUGGCAGCCAUUUUGCUGGUGAACUCAGUUUUUCAGCAUUUUAUGAAACAGAGAAGAAAACCUUUAAUAUUGCCCCGCUCUGUAUAUGCCCCACGAAUAUUGCGAUAUUUCAAUUUGAGUAUCUUUCCUAUCCAGUCAAUCCCAGAUUUGUGGAUUUUGAGGCUCUCGUGGAGCGGGCACUUCUUCUGCACGAUGAUGUUUUGGAACCGUUCUUGGUUGAGCUAAAGAAACACAUUGAAAGCAUACAAGUUGUUUUGGGAACUAUUGAGGAGUGGUUGCAUGAGCGACUGACGGUAUCUGACUUUAUUGAAUCAUCCUUUGGAGUCGAUCUCACGCAUACAUUUGGGGGUUCCGGUGAACGGAAACUUAGAACAUGCAGAGUAUCGGGCUCUCAUGUAGCAGAGUUCCAAGUGGUCAAAGAGAGCGAGAGAAUGCGUCUGACAAAGUUCCUUGAUUUCAUUUCGUGA